AUGGUAACAAUAUACCAAGACACGAAUGGGAGGGUGCACUUUACAUCACGCAUAAUGAACAAGUCGUUCUUAAACAAAGACUUCUCACAAGCCUACCUUCGAAAAAUACAACUAAUUGCUAAGACCUUUUACUUGAUAAAUCUAACUUUCAACAGUACCACAGAAAAGGAAGGCCUGACAAAAAUAUGUUGUAAAAUUGAGAAACUGGAGAGUCAAAUGAGGAUGAGAAGUCAUUUCCUAUUGUUUAGCAUCUUUGUUCUGCAGGCACUUGUGAUUCAUGCACAGAAUCAAUCAGGGUUCAUUAGCUUAGAUUGUGGGUCGCCAGAAGGUUCAAGCUACAACGAAGCCACAACAGGCAUAACUUAUACUUCAGAUGCACCAUACAUCCAAACUGGCAAAAGCAAUACGAUAUCUGAUCAAUCCAAUUCAGGGAAGCAGCAACAGUUACUGGAGUAUCUUAGAAGUUUUUCGGAAGGAGACAGAAACUGUUACAUGCUAAACCUCACAAAGGGUGACAAAUAUUUAAUCAGAACAACUUUCAUGUAUGGAAACUAUGAUGGAAAAAAUAAGGUACCAGAAUUUGAUCUACAUUUAGGAACUAAUUUCUGGGCCACAAUUGUAUUUCAAAAUGCAUCUACUCUUAUAGUCAAGGAAUUCAUUCAUGUUCUUCAAUCGAAUUAUUUGCAUGUCUGUCUUGUGAACACUGAGAAAGGGAUACCUAUCAUAUCAGCACUAGAGUUCAGGCUUUUGAAAAACACGACAUACAACACUCGGUCCGAAAAAGAAUCACUGGAACUUUUCUUCAGGAAUUAUUUUGGUUCAACAUCCAAUUCAACAGUCAGGUUUCCAGAAGAUGUUUAUGAUCGUAUCGGGACGCCUUACCAAAGAAAUGAUUUGGGACAAAUAAGUACCUCUUCUCCCGUUACGCAUGCCAGCUACUAUGAUCCACCAUCGCUUGCCAUGAGGACUGCCAGCACACCAGCCAACGCUAGUCAACCCUUGAAUUUUUCAAUCUAUGAUUCUGAUUCCAAUGCCCAAUUUUAUUUUUACAUGCACCUUGCAGAACUUGAAGAGCUCCAAGCUAACCAGUCCAGAGAGUUCAUCACCUAUCUCAAUGACGAGCUUUGGUUUACAGCUUAUAGUCCUACAUAUUUGCGGGCAGACACUAUACAAAGCAUAGCACCGGAAAAAGGAGGCCAGUUUUCAAUGGUAAAAACCGAAAGAUCAACCCAUCCGCCCAUCCUGAAUGCCUUUGAGGCUUAUGAAGUAAAGGAGCUCCUACAGCCACAAACUGUUGAAAAAGAGGUUGAUGCGAUGAUGAAUAUAAAAUCAAUGUAUGGAUUGAUUAGAAACUGGCAAGGUGAUCCUUGUGCUCCAAAAGAAUACUUAUGGGAAGGUCUUAAUUGCAGCUAUAAUGAUUCAAAUCAACCUACGAUCAUAUCUUUGAAUUUAUCCUCAAGAGGUUUGACCGGAGAGAUUCCCUUAUAUAUCGUCAAUCUCACUCAAUUACAAUAUCUGGACUUAUCAAACAAUUAUUUGAAAGGAGCAGUGCCCGAAUUUUUAACUCAACUGCAAUCUUUGAUCAUCCUAAACUUGACAAGAAACGGUCUAAAUGGUUCAGUUCCAGCAGGACUCAUUGAAAAGUCAAACAGGGGAUUACUACAAUUAAGUGUGGACGAAAAUCAAAUUCCUUGUACAUGGAAAUCAUGCAUGACAACGAAGUCAAAGAAUAACAGUACCGUAGUGGUUCCGUUAUUAGCAUCAGUUGCUUCAGUGCUUUUUCUCCUCGUCAUAAUUGUUUCAGCUGUCUUAUGGACGUGGUAUAAAGGGACAAAACCUUCAGAAAAUGAACCUUUUCAUGCUAUUGUGAAAGAUUUUCUCAACAGUAAUAUGCUUAUUGAACCUGCUUUAAUGUUGUCAGCAGUAAGGGAAAUGAUUGUGGACUCUAGAAGACCAUACCAGAAUGAGUUAAAGAAUCGACAAUUUACAUACUCUGAGGUCCAAAGGAUCACAAACAGUUUUGCGAGAGUUAUUGGGAAAGGAGGAUUUGGAACAGUUUACCACGGUUGCUUGGGUGAUACUGAAGUAGCAGUUAAGAUGUUAUCAAAAUCAUCUAGUCAAGGGUAUAAGCAGUUUGAAGCUGAGGUGGAGAUUCUUUUGAGAGUUCAUCAUAGAAAUUUCACUACCCUUAUUGGUUAUUGCGAUGAUGGCACCAACACGGGGCUAAUCUAUGAGUACAUGGCCAAAGGAAACUUAUCAGAGUAUCUCUCAGAUAAAAGUAACGGUGUCUUAAAUUGGGAAGGAAGACUUGGAAUGGCGCUGGAGGCAGCACAAGGACUGGAGUAUUUACACUGUGGUUGCAAACCACCCAUAAUCCACCGAGAUGUAAAGUCUAGCAACAUAUUAUUAACUGAAAACUUGCAAGCUAAACUAUCUGAUUUCGGGCUAUCCAGAAGUUUCGAAGGUGUCUCUCAUGUAUCCACCGUCGUAGCCGGUACCCCUGGAUACCUUGACCCUGAGUAUUCUACAUCAAACAGGUUGACUGAGAAAAGUGAUGUUUAUAGCUUUGGGGUAGUUCUUUUGGAAAUCAUCACAAACCGGCCAGUGUUUGUAAGAAAUAUGAAUGAGCCCGCUCACAUAAGUCAUUGGGUUGGUUCCAUGUUAUCCAAUGGGGACAUCCAAAACAUUGCGGAUUCAAGAUUGCAAGGGGAUUUUGAGAUAAAUUCUGUACGGAAAGCGAUUGAUGUCGCAAUGGCUUGUUUAUCUCCAUCUUCCACAGGAAGGCCAACAAUGAAUAAUGUGGUGACGGAAUUGAGCGAGUGUUUGUUAGCGGAGAUAAAUAGGACAAGGGGAGUGAAUGUAGAUGAAUCACCAGAAUCAAUUGCCAUGGCAUCCUUGAAUUUUGAUUCUGAUAUAACUCUACCAAGGUCAGCGGCUUCUCACUCUUUUUCUGUCGUUUUCCACCGUCAUCCUUCCGAAAUUUUAAUAUAUUGUUACCCUCUUUUUCUCCUUUCUUUUCACCCUUUUAUUCCCAAAAGGACCUCGCCGCCGCUCGUCACCGCCACUGUCACCGCCGGUUGUGGUGAUUACAACCAUAAACUUACCUCGUCUCUUUCUUUUCUCGCCGAAAGGAAACUUCUUAUGACAAAAACUCCCUUAAUCUUGAAACUAUACCCAAACCGAAAAUCCCUAUCUCCCCUUUUGGAUAUUGUGGCUUACGUGGGUGAUAGUGUAGGCUUGGUUUCGGUUGAGGUGUUGGUUGCUGCUGGUGACCGUACUGGAGAGGUGGGUGAUCACGGUGGAGGCUGUAGAAGGGAUGCAGGGAUUGCCGAUGCAAAUGGGGCUCUUGGGAAUUUUAUUGGUUUGUGA